GACGUAUCAGAUGUUAUGACGUAAAUAUUCUGCGACUCAGAUGAUGCGAGGAUUUUAAGAAUGGGCACCCAAGUAAAAGAUGUCGUUAUCAAGGACGAUGCCCCAAGUACACUCCUCUUGGAUAAACAUGCAGACUACAUUGCUGCCUAUGGCGCCAAAAAGGACGACUAUGAGUACACCCUGUCAGAGUACCUGAGGAUGAGUGGGAUCUACUGGGGCCUGACAGUCAUGGACCUGAUGGAUCAGCUCUCCAGGAUGAACCGUGAGGAGAUCACCGACUUCAUCAAGUCUUGUCAACAUGAGUGUGGAGGCCUCAGUGCCAGCAUCGGGCACGACCCUCACCUGCUCUACACCCUCAGUGCUGUGCAGAUCUUGUCCCUGUAUGAUGAUGUUAAUGUGAUUGACGUGGACAAGGUGGUAGACUAUAUCAGGGGACUGCAGCAAGAGGAUGGGUCUUUCGCAGGCGACAAAUGGGGUGAAAUAGACACACGGUUUUCCUUUUGUGCGGUUGCGACGCUUGCAUUACUGGGCAAGUUGGAUGCCAUCAAUGUAGACAAAGCGGUGGAGUUUGUCCUGUCCUGUAUGAACUUCGACGGAGGGUUCGGCUGUAGGCCUGGCUCAGAGUCUCACGCCGGCCAGAUCUACUGCUGCACUGGCUUCCUGUCCCUCACGGGGCAGCUCCACCAGAUUAACGCUGACCUGCUGGGCUGGUGGCUCUGUGAGAGACAACUACCAUCCGGGGGCCUCAACGGUCGCCCUGAGAAGUUACCCGAUGUGUGCUACUCGUGGUGGGUGCUGGCCUCGCUGAAGAUCAUAGGCAGAAUCCACUGGAUCGACAAAUCCAAGCUGAGAUCCUUCAUUCUAGCCUGCCAAGAUGAUGAAACGGGCGGCUUUGCGGAUCGACCAGGAGAUAUGGUGGACCCCUUCCACACGCUGUUUGGGGUGGCGGGGCUUUCCCUCAUGGGCGAUGAGCAGAUCAAGCCUGUCAACCCCGUGCUGUGUAUGCCUGAGGACGUUCUCCAGAGGAUAGGCCUGCACCCGGACACCCUGACCUAGGCCCUCCUAGGCGCCGUCACGCUCACCCUCACCAUGCACUCCUCCACCACACCCCAGCACUGCACACAGGCCACUGAGGGAAGGCCAGGCAUGGCUGGAGGGCCAUGGAGAGGUCACCACGCUGAGAUAGGGAUGAGAUACUCUGAUGCUUGAGACCGCGACGGUACUUGCAGGCUUUCUCUCUGGACUGGUGCGGACGGAAAUGUACAAUAGAUCAGGUAAGGAUGGGAAAUAGAUGUUGGAAACACAAGACCAGAGCGAAAGCCUGCAGUGCUGUGGACCAGAAGGACCCAUAUGCUUUACAGUGGUUGGCAGGCGUCACUUCACUGAUACUGAAAGACAACCAAUAAAUUAGAUACCCUUCAUUUGUUGUUGAUAAAUUUGCUUAAAAGUGAAUUCGUAUGAAGCACCAAAUCUUAUCUUGUCCUUUGUUCGGUCACACCCACUUAUUCAUCUCUUGUCACCGUCAACUCACUACAGUGAACACCCAGCGGCCUGUACCAUGUAUGUUCUGAUCAUGUUUACACUAGCGCCUCUAUUCUUCAUCGAAAGCUGGACACAUGAUUGGUUCUCGAGGGUAGCAGAAGGAAACAUGCAAACUUAAUUUCCUGAUUGUUGUUUCAUUUUGGACAUAUAUCGACACAUAUUUGAAGGUGUGGUUUUGGGGGGAGUCGAUGAUAACAUCAUUUUUUUUUUUGGACUAACUUUCUCAUGUCACGUCUCUAAUAAUCAGGUACAAGAUUAUAUUCUUGAUCGCUGUCUGAUAGGAAUCGGCUGAUUUCUGAGAGAUUGUCUUUGUGAUUAAUGUAAUAUGCUCAAUAUUAAUGUUUUAUUGAAAUGACAUUGUCAGCUCUGUGCAUUGUUGUUGCCCGACUGUUACCCACCUGUUUUAUGUUUUGACACUUCUGCACGUUUCUGUUAGAUUUACUGGGAGCAGGGAGCUAUCAUAACAUUGUCCAUCAAAUACUCAUCAUAUAAAUACAGCAUAUUUAUUUGCAUGCAGUUUGGAUACCUAUUUAUGUACUACAGAACUACUACCAUCUUGUUAGGCAAUAAAUACAGAUAAUGUUUCCCGCAAA